AUGGAAGCCUCAGGAUUAUCAUCCCUCCCUUUACCGCCGGAAUUAAUCCUACAGGUAAUUUCCUCUGUCGAUGCCUUUACCGUAGUUUAUGCGCUCCGUCGAACCUCCCGCCGACUCCGAACCCUUAGCGAUGUUGUCUAUCCAACCAUGCACGGCCUCCCUGUGGCCGCCUGGAUCAAAGUAUUCAGCUAUCUCUUCGCCACCGAGCUUUCAAAACUUAAAAAAUUAUCACAUUCAUUCAACAACCUCUUGAACUUUCUAAUCUCCCGGGGGAGACUACCACAUACCUAUUACGGUCAAACGCCCGUUUCCAACGAUUUAAUUAACCGAAUACCGAGGCACCAAAUGCUUCUCCACCCAUUUUUACGACAAAUCGAGUUUUGGCAUAAACACUGGCGACGCUUUGGAGGGAGGAAAUCAAUUAUCGCGGCUCCUAAUCUAUUGUUUGAGUCACCAAGUCUGUUACCUGUUGAUCGGAUACUAGUGGGUUUGUACCCCAACCCACGGUUCCAAGAUUCAGAUACCAGGUAUUUCAAUAAAGUGGUAUUGAGAAAACGACGCUCUAGCAAGAUUAUAACCAAUCUGGAUAUUUUGGUGGCGGUGGAUGAGAUGCUCGGACAAGGUAUCAAUGCAGCUUGUGUUCAGCUAAGAGAUGGAAUAUUGUGUGUCUCUAGAACAGCACAGGAGUUUGGAAAGCAUAUAGGGAAAGUAUAUUUGGGUGGUGUAGAUGAGGAAAUUGGGUUUAUCGAUGAUUUAAUCUAUGACGGCGAUUUUUUGGCGUCAGCGGGCAGGAGUCAGUGGGCUUUCGGCAACCGAGUGCAGUAUGCGGGCUUGAAUAGGAGACCAGGGGAGUGGAGGGUUGAAGAUACUUGGUUGGUGCUUUCAGUUAGGUGGAUUACAUAA